AUGGCCUCCCACGCCCCCAAGCGAAAGCCAUUCGCUCCGCCUGGUGCAAAUGGCGCAUCUGGGGCAGCUCGCAAGCGCGCCAAAACUUUCGACGCCCGCACCUUGGCAGUGCAGUCGACCGACGCCGCCCUCUCCGCAACGGGCGAGCUCGAUGUGGCCGCCUACUCCGCAGCCCGCGCAUUCGAGAUCCAGGCGCUUGAGGAGGGAAUGCAACGGUCGAAAAAUGCUCUGACGACUCGGGCGUUCCAAAAAGUGCCCCGUAAGUUGCGGCGGCGAACGGCGAGCCACAAUGUGAAGCGUGUUCCGCGGAGGUUGAGGGCUCGGGCGAAGCGAGAGAUGCUCGAGGACAAUACACCUACCGUCACAGCGCGCAGACGCAAACCAUCGCACGUGAUGCGCAUUCGACUCGAAACCGCUCGGCGCCUACAGGCUAUUAACGCAAAGACGAAGGCUCGACGGGUGGCAGCGAAGCAAAAGCGGGACCAAGAGAAUGGGAUUACCCUGGAGAAAGAGGGUAGCCAUGCGUUUGAUAUCGCACCGCGGGUCCCCAAGAUCAAGAAGAACAAGCUUUCUAGACCGACGCCAGCAGAGCCCAAAUACCGCAAGCGCCAGAAGUGCAAGCACUGGUUGCCCACUCAUUUGUACCACGCCAAACGUGCCCAUAUGGCAACUAGCAAAGACCCAAUCUGGCGCUUUGCUAUUCCGUUGUCUCCCACAGAAAAAAGUUACCGUCCUACUCAUCGGGCUCGGGGCGCUAGGGGGGCUGUAGCGUGGGAUAUGAGUUAUAUGUCUACUAUUCAGCUGGAGGGCACAGAGGCAGCGAUUCAGGCUGUUCUCAUGGCAGUUGGUGUCGAUGGGGACAAUGCAUGGGGUAUCAAAGGGAAUAAAUGGAGAGCAGGAACUCGAUCUCUGCAAGCCUGGACGUUCGAAAGGGAUUAUUCGAAACGUCCAACUGCGCCGGUUACAUUGAUCUGGUGUGCCCGCCGCAAGGAAGAAGAUGUUGAGAUGGUUGAUGCCGACAAAUCUCACAAAACAUCCAAGAAGAAUUAUCGGAAACUCUUCAUCAGGGUCCACCCUUCGGCGUUCCUUCAGCUGUGGACAGAUCUUCUUGAUGUAUCCAAGAGGCAGAAUCCUCCUGUCAUGGUAGAGGACCUGCGAUUUGAAAUUGGCAGCAUCGAAAUCACCGGGCCAGGAUCUGUAGAGGCUUUGCUGGCGGCAUUGAAGCCAAUUCUUGGAGCUGACGGCAAAGCCCCAGAGAAUAGCCCGGAAGCUGUCUGGCAAUCUCUUCUGGGAGUAUCAAAUCCUUCUUCUCUGCCACAAAAUGCCCUCCUCUCCUUUGAUAUCGCUGAUCCACGUCUGCACUUCCCCUCACGUACCAUUCAUGUCCCCGACAACGAAUCUCACAUGAGCGACCUUGCUAUUGCGCUCGCCUCAUGGCAUCCAGACAAAACACAGGGUUCGCCCUCGCUAUUUGACCGAUCAAGUCGGUUGACGGCAGCUCGUCUGCUUCCGAGCCAGAAAGCCAUCAACAGGCGCCGUACCGUUGCUGGGCCUGGUAACUUCCCGCCAGCUCAGCCGACUGACCCCCAAAUCCCGGUCAUCAUUCUUGCAAACAAGCCGCAAGCUCGGUCUAGGCGCAGCAAUGCCCCGGGAUCUUUCACCAUCCUUUUACCUUGGAAAUGUGUCGUUCCAGUCUGGUACUCCAUCAUGUACUACCCACUAUCAAGCGGAGGAAACCCAUGCCUCGGUGGCCUGAAAGAGCAACAACAGCUUGCGUUCGAAGCGGGUGAGCCUUGGUUCCCUGGAGACUUCCCAGGAACGCGAGCUGGCUGGGAAUGGGGACAACGUGAUACUGAGAAAUCUCGGCGUGAAUGGGAGCGGCGUCCCAAGGGCCGUCGUGCCGAGUACGACAAUAUCCUACUGGGCGAGGACCGUCCCAAGGGUGAGAUUGGUCGCGGUUGGGCGUGUGAUUGGGAACGGCUCCUUCAAGGGCCCAAACCAGAUGUUUCUGAUUCGAAGACUGAGAAUGUUGACACCAGUGACAAGAGCUCCAACGAAAAGUCGACCCAGUCUAAGGAGAAGGUUACAGAUGAAACUACCUGUCUCGCUGUUCCACCGCUCGACAUUCACAAUGUCCGUUUAGCCUCGGCGGAUACCCACAUAACCCUGAACAAGCUCAACAAGGAAUCUGUUGAUGCUUCCGCUCUUGCCACUGUUUAUAUAUCUCUCACUGGGCGCGGUACACCUACGCCCCAUGCACGAAUCUACCGCCUCCCUACUGAUCCAGCCCUACGCCGUAAAUGGCUCGAUCUUGCUUCUAAAAGUCACAAGGCUGGUCGGUCGAACACCUCGAAGAAGGCAACAUCUGAGCCUGCUUCCGAGGAGGCUCGACGUCUCCUUGCCGAGUCUCUCAUCUCGGGCUCUGCUGCUGGAGAACCUGACUCUGAGCAUUUAGAUGUUCCCACCGAGGAUGAUCUGAUUGGCUUUGUUACCACGGGCAAUUAUAACCUCUCAGAAGCCAAAGGGACAGGAGUUGGCUGUAUCCAGCUGUCUAAGGUGCUGGAGUCUGAUGUCAAAUCAUCCGAGAGAAGGAUGUGUAUAAUUCGGACUUCCGGACAGAAGAGUGGACGAUUAGCGAUGUGGGAUUUUGUAUGA